GCGAUUUGGGGAUCUGGAAAGCAAUGAAAGCCAUAGGGAAAAUUUUCAGUACGAUCGUACCGUACCAAGUAUUAAGCUGCAUGUCAUGGCCACCGAUUUCAAGUCCAUCCCAAUAAUCGAUGUAAGUCCUCUUCUGGCCAGGUGUGAUGAUCCAAAAAUGGCGGAGGACCCAGGCGUGUCUGAAGUUGUUAGACAAUUAGACCAGGCUUGCAAAGAGGCGGGAUUCUUCUACGUGAAGGGCCAUGGUAUUCCCGAUUCCCUCAUUAAAGAGGUGAAAAAAGUGAGCCACAGUUUUUUUCAACUUCCACAUGAAGAAAAAGUUAAAAUCAAGAUGACUGCCGCAACUGGGUUCAGAGGAUACCAGAGAAUCGGAGAAAAUAUAACCAAAGGCGUGCCCGACAUGCACGAAGCUAUUGAUUGCUAUAGAGAAGUGAAAGAAGGUAUGUAUGGAGAGCUUGGCAAAACUAUGCAAGGAUGUAACCAAUGGCCAAGUAAUCCUCCGAACUUUAAAGAACUAAUGGAGGAGUAUAUUAGCCUCUGCAAAGACCUUUCAAGGAAAAUUUUGCGGGGAGUUGCUUUAGCAUUGGGGGGGUCACCAGAUGAAUUUGAAGGUGAAAGAGCUGGGGAUGCAUUUUGGGUGAUGCGAAUUAUAGGUUACCCAGGCGUGCCAACAACGAAUGGUCCAGACCCCAGAAAUGACAUUGGAUGUGGAGCUCACACUGACUAUGGUUUGUUGACAUUGGUUAAUCAGGAUGAUGAUAUAACUGCACUACAGGUAAGAAACCUGUCUGGCGAAUGGAUAUCAGCUCCUCCAAUUCCUGGAACAUUUGUCUGCAACAUUGGUGACAUGCUGAAGAUUUACUCAAAUGGUUUGUAUGACUCAACCUUGCACCGGGUUACCAACAACUCUCCAAGAUAUCGGGUCUGUGUAGCCUACUUCUAUGAGACAAACUUUGAGACCGCAGUGGAGCCUUUGGAAAUUUGUAUACAGAGGACAGCAGGAGCUAAGAAGUUCGAAAGAGCUGUUUAUGGAGAGCAUUUAGUGAGCAAGGUCCUGACAAAUUUCGAUUAGGGGCUGAAACUUUGACCUGUUAAUCUCGUUAUUGUUUUUUAUAAUCCAAUAGGAAUAUGUCAAGUUCUAUUGACAAGAUCCGCUUAGAUUAUUGGAAUUUCUCUUGUUCUUUAUUUUCCUAGUCUGGUAGAAAUUCGUAAAAUAAACAACAUAUGAGAUUCCCAACACCUCUGAAAUGAUAAUUAUAAGGAUGGGUUAAUGCAAAUUCUUGUAGACUA